AAUUAAAAGUCCAUAUUAUUUAGUUAACUAGAAGUGAUCAUAGGAAUUAAUAUAUGAUUUUAAUUUCGUUCUAUUUGAACUUCUUUAGGCUUUUAGGUAUGUCGAAUUUAUGAUUGAGAAGUAUCCUGGAUACAUGCAAGCUUACUGGACCAAACUUUCUUGACUGGGAAAGAAAUGUGCGUUUAGUUCUUAGACAAGAAAAUAUUGAGUAUGUGUUAGACACACCGAUACCCAAGAUUCCUGAUGCCAACUCUCCUGAGUUUGUCACGUUUGACCUGACUGCUCGAGAGAAACACGUCACUGAUGCUAAAACUGUGCAAUGUGUUAUGUUGGCUGCAAUGUCUAUGGAGUUGCAAAGGCAACACGAUAGGAUGAGCGCCUUCGAGAUGCUUGAACACUUGAAAAGUCUGUUUGAUUCAGAAAGUCAGACUCUAGAGUAUGAACUUCUGACAGACAUUUUCAAGUGUAGGCUUCAAGAGGGUGGCAACGUGUCUGAGCACGUCCUCAAAAUGAUUGGCUUAAUUGAAAGAGUUGCUACCACCGGAGUUAAGUUUGAGGAUCGUGUCUCAGCUGCUAUCAUCCUAUAUUCGCUUCCGAGUUCAUUUACUAACUUCAUUGUGAAUUAUAAUUUGAACAAAACGAAAGCGACCAUGCCUGAACUCCAUAACAUGCUCAAGUCUUAUGAAGCCUCAACCUCUAAAGGAAAGACUGUUCUUAUGGUAAGCUCUAAUGCUAAAUCUCGUUCUAAGAACAAGAAUAAGCAAAAGAAGAAAGGUAAGGUUGGACCUACUCCUACACCUCUGAAGCCUAAAGGUGGAGGUCAUAUGAAGCCAAAGGUUGCAAAGGAUGUUUGCCUCUACUGCAAAGAGAAGGGGCAUUGGAAGAGAGAUUGUGAGCUGUAUAAGGCUAAUCUAGCCAAAGCACCGGGUGCUUCAAGCUCAGAAGCCUGAGAAGCAGUGUAGCAGUUGGACUGGGUAAAAUUGACCUACGCGUGAAGGCUGGAGCAAAAGUUGCUGCUGAACGUGAUAGGAUCUUAUAGUUUAGAUUUCCCCGGUGGUUUUAGAUUAGAAUUAAAUAAUUGUUAUUUUAUUCCUUCUAUUACCAAGAAGAUUAUUUCCAUUCAUAUGUUAGACAUUAAAAGAUUUCUAUUUCCAUUUUGCUAAUAAUAAUUGUUAUUUUCAUAAAAUGGUGUUGUUGUGGAAAUGCUUUUCUUAUGAAUGGUUAAUUAUCAAUCGACAUAUUAGAUAUUAAAUGAAUAAAAUAAAAGGAUCUCGAUUAAGUAAUCAGAAAAAUUACUACCUAUCUAUGACAUUGCAAACUUGGUCAAAUUAAUGAAACAAGAAUAGCAACGCUAAAUAAAUUAGAUUAUUUAACACCUUUUGACUUUGAGUCAUAUGGAACUUGUGAAUCUUGUCUUUCAAGUAAAUUGACUAAUAAACCUUUUCUAGGAAAAAGGAUAGCAAGCCAAAGAGUACUUAAGAAAAGUUUCUGAUUUAUUUAAAAGAUCGAAGAAUUCGAUCAUAAUGAACUCCUCCAGAACACCUCAGAAGUGUGACGUUCUGCAAGGAGAAAUAGGGCCUUGUUAGACAUAGCUAGAUCUAUGAUGAAUUCAUUUUCUCUUCCAAACAUUCUUUUGAGGGUACACGCUAUAAAUCUCAAUAUACAUUCUGAAUAGUUUGAUUAGUGCAAAUGUACUAUAUGAGUUAUAGUAUAAUAAAAGACAUUUUCUUCACAUAUUAAAUAUGGGUUGCCCUACAUAUGUAAAGAAAUGUGCAUUAAUCAAAUUGAAAGCUUAAGUAACAUAGAGAAUGAAGAUUUGUUAGAUGGUCUGACGAAGGAUUCAGUGGGAGAAUUGACUUGAAGAAUGUCUCUAGGAGGAUAUCCUUCAGCUAGUGGGAGUAAUAUAGGAAUCACCUCGCACCAGCAAGUGAUUCUUAUUAAAGAUAAGAUGACAUGGUUGUCAUUCCUUCUGCACCCACUUCGCUUUCUCUGGAAACACUUAAAAGCGUAGCACAAGAAAACUCUCUAAGCAUUGGAUAGUCCAAUAAAAGAGAACCUCUUCACGAUCAGAAUGAACAGCAUGAACAAAACGCAAAACAUUCAACUCUGCGGGUCGACUAGGAUUCAUCAUGAACUAACUAGGUUAGGCUUCCUCAUGGAGGAUCAUGAUGAUGUUAAGAUUCCUGAUACGGAUGAACCUGAGAAGCAAUAUUAGAUGUUGAUUCAUGGAGGUGGCGAGAAGCCAUAAAAUCUAAAAUGGACUCGAUGUGUAUCAAUCAAGUAUGGAACUUGGUUGACUUGCCUGUUGGGUUAGACCCAUUGGAUGCAAAAUGAUUUUUAAGGAGAAAAUUAAUGCUGAAGGCAAGGUGAGAACAUACAAAGCUAGGCUAGUGGCUAAAGUCAAAGAAAAGGAAUUGACUAUAGUGAUACCUAUUCACCAGUUGCAAAACUCAAGUCCAUUUUGAUUUUGCUUGUUAUAGCUGCAUAAUAUGAUUAUAAGAUUUGACAAAUGGAUGUCAAAACCCCUUUCCUUAAUGGAAACCUCGAGGAGGAGGUGUACAUGGUACAACCUGAAGUUUUUUUUUUAUCCAAGUCAAAUUCUAAAUCACUAUGUUAAUUAGAGAAAUCUAUUUAUGGGCUAAAACAAGCCUCUAGGAGUUGAAAUAUUAAUUUUGAUGAAAUAGUCAAAUCGUUUGACUUCAUCAAAUGAAAUGAGG